UCAACAUAAAUUAAGCGGUUUCGUCUUGCUUUUGUCCGCUUUCUAGGGUUAGGGUUUCGGCAGCCAUGGCGACGGAGCAGCAGAAGCAGGGAGGAGCAGGAGGCGCGAAGAGGAAGCCGGUGUUCACGAAGGUGGAUCAGCUGAAGCCCGGAACCAGCGGCCACACCCUCACGGCCAAGGUGCUCACCUCCGAGACCGUCCUUCACAAGGGCCGCACCGGUGCCGCCGCCGUCCACCUCCACCCGACCACGAUCGCAGAGUGCCUCAUUGGCGACGAGACGGGCACCAUUCUCUUCACCGCCCGCAACGAACAGGUUGAUUUGAUGAAACCGGGCACCACAGUCACCCUCCGCAAUGCAAAGAUUGAUAUGUUCAAGGGGUCAAUGAGACUGGCCGUCGACAAGUGGGGGCGCAUCGAGGUCACCGGGCCUGCUAAUUUCACGGUAAAAGAGGACAACAACUUAUCCCUCAUCGAGUACGAGCUGGUGAAUGUGGCGGACGAGUGACGGGUGCACCCCUAGCAGAUGGUCGGUCACAUUUGACCGACCGGAGUCACCGGUUCUACGUCGUCAUCCGGUGAUAGAUUUGAGUGUGCAGGGAGGAGGGUAUGGAGGCAAGUAGUUUGAGGGAGGUAGUCAGGCCAUGUAAACCUUGUAAUCUGUCAGGGCUAAGCUUUAAGAUUUUCGCUGGAUAUUAUUGUCUGAGGCACAGAUUUCGAACUCAGAAAAGUGAUUGACACUUUCACAUCUUAUAUACAGAUACUUCAAAUUAAUUUCU